UUUAAUAUUUUUGUUGUGAUUUUUUAUUUGUUACGAGUAAUUGUUGGUACUUAGAUAAACCCUAGUGGUAGGAAUCGAAAACCUCAGCUUCAUGCUCUGCGUAACAGAGCCCCUCUCUUCUUCCAACUAAACUCAACUUCAGGGUUCAGAGCUUGAGCUUCAAUGGCGCCGAAGAAGCAGGACGAUGGAAGCACCAAGAAGAGGAAGCGGAUUCCAGCUUCGGGCUCUAACGCCGAAGCAUCACAUGAAUCCCCUUCUAAGGCUCCUAAACUCUCUGCCUCUAAGAAACCCUUCAAAGCCCUCAAAACACGCAAACCAGACGCCGUUCCUAAAGACAAGACCAAGAAGGCUCCCCUUACAGGUCGAGAACGUCGUCUUCAUGCUAAGGAACUUGCGGAGGCUAGGAAAAAGAAGAGGAAGCGCCAUUUCACUCUUGAGCAAGAGCUUGCACACCUAUGGGAAAAGAUGAGGCGUCAUGAGAUUGCCAAAGAGGAUAGAGCCAAGCUGGUGACAGAAGCUCUGCAAAAGAUGAAGGGGAAAAUUCCUGAAAUUGCAGGGUCUCACAUUUCUUCUCGGGUUCUUCAGACUUGUGUCAAGCAUUGCUCACAAGCUGAAAGAGAUGCAGUGUUCGAAGAACUUAGGCCACAUUUUCUAUCCCUAUCGUACAAUGCGUAUUCUGUUCACUUAGUAAAGAAGAUGCUGGACAAUGCCUCCAAGAAACAACUAGCAGGCUUUAUCUCCACUCUUCGUGGCCAUGUUGCUCCUCUUCUUCGCCACAUGGUUGGGUCAGUUGUUGUUGAGCAUGCUUAUGAGUUAUCAAAUGCUGCACAAAAGCAAGAGCUGCUGUCAGAGUUGUACUCCACGGAACUUCAAUUGUUUAAGGAUCUAGUUUCACUGAAGGAGAGCAGGUUGUUAGAUGUAAUUUCCAAGUUGGGUCUACAAAAGGGUUCAGUUAUCCGACACAUGACGUCAGUGAUUCAGCCAAUUCUAGAGAAAGGGAUUGUUGAUCAUUCUAUCAUACACCGAGUCUUAUUGGAAUAUUUCAGCGUUGCUGAUCAGUCAUCUGUCACAGAUAUAAUACGGCAGUUAUCCAGUCCACUCCUUGUUAGAAUGAUUGGUACAAAGGAUGGAGCUAAAAUUGGAAUUCUGUGUGCAAAAUAUGGGAAUGCCAAGGAAAGAAAGAAGAUUAUCAAAGGAUUGAAAGGGCACAUAGCCAAAACAGCUUAUCAUCAGUAUGGUUGUUUGGUGCUUGUUUGCAUAUUUUCAGUUGUUGAUGACACAAAUCUUGUAACAAAGGUUAUCAUUCGUGAGCUUCAACCAACUCUAAGGGAGCUUAUUUUGGAUAAGAAUGGAAGACGUCCAAUUCUUCAAUUGUUACAUCCUAAUUGUUCACGCUAUUUCAGUCCUGAUGAACUUGCUUCCCUGAGUUCAUCUAUUCCUUCUCUGUCUCAGAAGGAUCAGUCAGAAACAAGCACUCAGACAGAGGCUUUGAAGGUCUCACUUAAUGAUGAGAAGUCCAAGGAAGACACAGAAAUGGCAGUGGAUGAACCUAGUAAAGAUGACACUCCUAAGGAUGAUUCUUAUGUAGCUGAGAGUGGGAAAAAAGACCCAUUUGUCAGAAGGCAAGAACUAUUGAUCAAAAGUGGACUUGCUGAGAGUCUUCUUGAUAUAUGUAUUGAGAAUGUGGGAGAACUGAUACGAUCAAAUUUUGGCAGAGAGGUUUUAUAUGAGGUUGCAACAGGUGGUUCUGGUGGCGUACUGCAUCCAACCUUGGAUGAUAAGAUAACUUCCCUUCACGAAGCAGUUGCAUCUCUUUCAGCAAUGCCUAAAUCAGAUGAUUCAGAAGAGGAUCAUGUCCUUGAAAAUUUCCAUUCCAGUCGGACCAUUAGAAAACUGGUUUUGGAUUGCCCCAAGUUUGCUUCCACCUUAUGGGAGAAAGCUAUAAAAGGGAAAAGUGAGUUGUGGGCACAAGGUCACAGCUGUAAAGUUAUCUCUGCAUUUUUGGAGUCAACAGAUUCAAAGUUACAGAGACUUGUAAAGAAAGAGCUGCAGCCUUUGAUUGAUAGCGGAGUUCUCAAGAACCAGAGGCCCAGAAAACUAUCAACCAAAUAAUUGUAAUGUACGAUGCAUGGGGAAGGGAUUGAAGCAUGACACAGCGUAUCAAUGGCUAAUAUACGCGUAUCCGUGUCUUGCUGUG